AUGACCGACUGGAGUUACAUCUUUGUGACUCUCUACAAUAUAAACGAUGUAACGGCGCUUAGCCUCGGAUUCAUCUUCAAUUCCAUAUUGAUCUACACAAUUUGGUGGCUGCGGAACAGUUACAAGGGCAAUUACACAAAAUUGUUUCUAAUCAGCGCUGUCUUUGAUUGGGUGCUUUCGGCAGAGGAGCUGCUUAUACGACAUGUAAGUUUAAGGAAUCCAUUGAAACAAUGAAAUACAGAUUUUUUUGGUUUUUCAGGGAUUUUUUCUUUUACAAUUUUGAAUUUUACUUUUUUUCUGGAAGAUCUAGGCAUCCAAAAGUUCAAAAUCAAAAAUUUAAUAAAAUUUAUAUUCAAAUUUUAGCAGCCUCACGUAAAAAAUCACGUAAUGUACGUGAUGGGCCAUGGCGUGGAGCAUCUUUUCCCCCAUGACACUUUUCCUUACCUAAUGUUUCCACAUGGAUUUUUCACAAUUCAUGGGGUAUUCAUUUUGGCGGUUCAAUACCAUUAUCGAUAUGUCAUCAUGACUGAGUAAGAUUUUUUUUGCAAUUAUAACAUUUUUAAUCUUUUUUUCAAAAAAAAAAUCAAUUUUCAGUCCGACCGCUUCAGGCCGGCAACUGGCGUUCGAUCUGAUACUUUCGAUCAGCAGUGGCCUUAUUGUCUCCCUUGGCUUGUGCUACGGGACAUAUCAAAGUCAAGCUAUUCCAUGGGAGCAAUGGAGAGAUAACAUAAAAGAUGAUUGGUUUGGAGAAUAUGGUGCGGAACACUUCGUCUAUGCCUCUGAUUUGGUGAGUUUACCAAAAAUAUUUUUACCAAAGAAGAGAUGAUCACAUUUUAUACCGCUUAUAUUCAAAUUCAAAAUCUCAAGAACCUUUUUUCCGGUUUUUAAUGCAGUUGUACCCACAAAUUGUGUUUGCACAAAAUAUAAUACAAAAAAUAUUAUCCCAUUAUUGUUUUUUUUGACUGUUUUACUUUUCCUUUUUUCAGCGUUUUGCCGGGACCAAGCUCUACUUCGCCCUUGGUCUCACAUUUUCCACCAUCACCUUAGCCUUAGUCGCCUACUACGCCUACAAGGCCUGGAAAUUUGUGAAUCCCGCAAACACCGUCAGCCGUCGAACACGUCACAUGCAGCAACAAUUCACGCGGACAUUGGUCGUCCAAACGUGCAAUGCAUUCCUCUUUUCGAUGUUUCCAAUCACUCUGAAUGUGACUCUGGUGCUCUUCAACCCUCCGGGCGACCGCUACUACUCGGCCGCGGUAAUGCCGCUGAUUUCGUGGCUCCCCGCUGCGAAUGGCUUCAUGACUUUGUAUGUGGUCAAGGAGUUCAGGAGAUUCGCACUCAAUUUCCUGUCAUUGGGGAGGCUACGGCGCAAAAUUAAUGUCAGUGGACCGAAUGGAACAAAUUCUGGAGCUGAAUCAAACACGAAAAACACUUCAAAGGCCAAGGCGUUACUUCCGUGA